AUCUAUGCCUCUGAUAAUGUCGUGAAUGUCACGUCAUUUUUCGUAUUUGUCAAUUUGUCAUGUCUGACAUUGACGCGAUAGAUGUGUGACAAUUAUGACAUUUAUGACGGACAAAUAUGACAUGACAUAUGUGGAACCCUAGUUUCGUAGCAAACCUAUUUCUACAUACAUGCGCACAAUUGAGUUGGUAUACAAGAAAUAUACGAACACACCUCAGUCCAUUUAUUAUCCUUCUCGCAACAAGAUGUCCUGCUUUAAGACGUUCUGCGUCUACACAAUUGAAGGACUCAUCGAAACGUUUAGAUUUCUUCGCUACCUCUUUUUCCUACUUUUCACGCCUCUGCUGGUUUACGGCGCGAGACGAUUCCUCCACGGAAAAGGCGUCUUAUUAAACCCUUCGAGUAAAAGUGAUCAAGCUGAAGCGAUCACAGUCAUUGUGACGAAUAAUAAAUUCUACGCGCGACUUUGUGCCUAUGGAGACGUCGCUUUGGGCGAAGGUUUCGUCGAAGGUUGGUGGGACUGCGGGGACCUCCCGGGUCUCUGCGAUCGCCUCAUGGACACGGCGGGCAUCACGGAGGGGUCAAAGUCCUACAAAAGAAGCUUGCCUUAUCUCGAAGCCUAUGUGAGAUGGGUCCUCCUCAACCCACAACGGAAUAUGGAACAUCUACCCAAAAACCUUAAACUGCAGUAUAAUCUUCCCACUGACUAUCACCGAUUAAUCCUGACGGACGGAGGUGAACAUGAAGCCAUCCAAAUGUCAGUCGUCUACUUUCCCACCGGAAGUGAGUCCAUCGGUACCGCUCAAAACCUUAAACUCUCCCUCAUAACGUCCAAACUUGCCCCGCUCGUGCCAGGCAUGCGUGUUCUGGACAUCGGUUGUGGUUUCGGAGCCGUGGCGAAACAUCUGGCCGACAAUUACCAAGUUGAGGUCGUCGGGGUCACAAACUCGCCGGGAAUGGGACAAGCUGCAAAGGAACAUUGUCGCGGAAGCGGGGCAAAAAUUGUGGUCGGGGAUUGGAGUGAAAUUCAGGGAACUUUCGAUCGCAUCAUUAUGAUCGAGAUGGUCGAACAUGUUGGGAAGAGGAAUCUAACAAAGUUUUUUGACAAGGUGGCCGCCAUGUUAAAAGACGACGGCAAAUGUUUCAUUCAGUGUUACGAGACUCCUGAGGAUUUCCCCAGAAUUUUGGAAUUCGCCUGUAAAUACAUGUACGGCCCGAGUUACGUCCCCAGCUUGAGAGAGCUGCUCAAAUACACGGACGAUUCCGGAUUUGAGUUGGCCGAGCUGCAGUCCUUCGCGGCGCACGCGGCCAAGUCGGUGUCCACAGUGCUGGAAAAAAUCCAGGCGAAUUAUUCGCAAAUUGAGAGCAUCGUGGGGGACAAAGUGGCGCGAAUGUUGCUGCUCACAUUUGCCUUUCAGGAUCGCACCAUGACGUGCGGAGUGGAUGGAAUGAAUCUUUUGGUUUUGAGAAAAAGGAAAAAUCAUAAACUCUCCAGGGUUACGGUGGCAUAAAGUAAAACUUCUGGAGAACUAUGUUAGAAAUUAUUUGUUCUUACAAACUUCCGAGGUGCCCGUCGAAUCCAGGGUUCCCACGUAUAGCAAAAUUAGCACAAUAUACAACUUACGAUCUAAAGUGAAAGAAUUUUCAAAAAUCAUUAUUCGUCAAGUUGUGACGAAUAAUGAGUGAGGAGGGAUUGAACGAGUCACUACUUGCGCCUUGUGAAGGUCAACGAACUCUCCAUCGCUUCAUUCACUCCUCCUCUUCGCCCCCACUGUCCAACGCUCGUCACAAAUAUCGUCACAACUUGACGAAUGGUGAUUUUUGCAAGUAAAUUCCCUCACUUUACAUCACAAGUCGUAUAUUGUGCUAAUUUGUGUAUACAUGGGAACCCUGAAUUCGAUGGGCACCUCGGAAGUUUCCCUAAUAAGAGUCAUUCUAAAAUUUAUAAAAGUUGAGAUACUUUAGAUAUUCCUAUUUUUUUGUCGGCAAUUAGCCUUUCAUGUGCUACCGCCGCUGGCUUGGCUGUCUCUAUUAAUGAAUAGUCUGGUCACCCAACAUAGUACAUACAAUUAUUCCUAUUUACUCAAACAUUUUAGAGAUUUACGCCUGAAGUUAUGUGAUGAUUAUCGCCAAAUGCAAAAUUUGUCGGUAAUUUGUUUCUUAUGAUGCAUGAUUUAUUUAGUGCCAGAAGGAUUUAAUUAAUAAGUACAUUAUUUGCAUACUUGCGGCCAUGCGUCAAUAGUUUGGCUAACAAGGGAACCUCAACCACUGUCCCAUCUCGAUUUCCUUCGGAAUAGUCUUAAUCGACAGAGAGUUCAAUGAAGCUAACACUUUCUCAUACUGUGCAAAAUCACGUUUUCGCGGGAGCUGCACCAAAACGUGCAAUUCUCCAUAUUCUUUUAACAUAGCCAUCAGGUUGGGAAGGAAAAAAUGCAAUUUAUAGAGUAUUCUUAAAUUAUAUAUCUGAAGGUCUGUAAUUUCAUUCUGCUCUCCAAUGUGCAAAAAGUGGUGCAAAAAUUUUGCCGUUUUUUGCGAAUUGCAAAAAUCUCGAGAAUUUUGCAAAUUUUAAUUUCGUCGUUUUUUAAUGGGCCCGUUCACGAUUACGUAACCUAAAUUUGGCAGGGUUUGAACAUGAAAGUUUAAAGCUAUGAGGAGUACAAUAAUGAUUGCCUUGUCAUAAUACAUCACAAAAUGAGCCAGUUAAUAAAACAAUUAGACAAAAUUGAUAAUUUAUAA